UCCUCUGUUUUAGUACUUAGAAAAACAAUCAAACCAACAAAAAAGUAAAAAGAAUAUAAAAAGAAAAAUUCACAGCCUAUAUAUCCUAACAUGCAGUAUCGUCCGACCAUUAGGAACCCGGCUUACAGCCAUGCAAGUCCCAUCCCAACCCCAGCACCUUCAGAUACUAUCCCAACACAGUUACACCAUGCACCUGGACAUUGGACUACUGGUCUUUGCCACUGCUUUGAUGACCCUGCAAAUUGUGUGAUUACUUGCGUAUGUCCUUGCAUCACUUUCGGACAGGUAGCUGAGAUCGUCAGCAGAGGAUCCAAAUCUUGUUUUUCAAGGGGGUUGCUGUACGGGGUGUUGCUGGGUUUCACUGGUUGUGCAUGUCUUUAUUCAUUCUUAUAUCGCUCGAAACUAAGGGGACAAUACGACUUAGAAGAAGAACCCUGUAAUGAUUGCUUGGUUCACUUCUGCUGUUGUCCAUUGGCUCUAUGUCAAGAAUACAGAGAGCUCAAAAAUCGUGGCUUUGACAUGGAGAUAGGUUGGGAAGCCAACAUGGACAGGCAAAAGCGUGGGGUCGCAAUGAUGCCGAUAGUGAUCCCUGGAAUGACAAGAUGAUUGAUUGAUUGUAUCAGUCGUGUGCCGUCGGUCGAUGAAUAUGGUAGAAACAGGCACUGAAACUGCCGCAGCUGUGCUGCCUUUGAUGCCUAUGUUUGUGCGUGCUUUGGUUAACUCUCUCUGUUGCUGUAUAGGGUUUGGUUUGGAGACUUUUGUGUUCGAUUAUCCAUAUGAUAUUUGCUAACCAGAAAGAUAUAGAAAUCAUGCGUGUGGGUAAAACAUGUUGAAUGUUUUCACCCAGAAAAUGGGUAUUUCCCAUAUGAUAUGUUAUAGUAUAUGUGUUCGAUUAUUGUUAACUAAUUUUUAAGUAACUUUUAUUUUUACUGCUUAAAAUGAAAUUAUUGUAAUUUUAUCACUCAAUUGUUAUGGCGCUUCUAUUUUAGUCACCUAAA